AUGGCGUCCACCCCCAACCCUCCUAAAUCCAUCCUCAAAAACCCACCACCCACCCCCGACGCCCCCUCGGCCCUCGAACUCACAGGCCUAACCCGCGCCCAAGCAGCCCAACUCCUCACCCUCUCCAAAACAGAGCUCAAACCCCCCAUCCCCAUCGAAACCUUCGAGCUCCUCUCCGCCGCCUUCCCCUCCUCCCAACCCCCUUCCCAAUCCGACAUCUCCCUCCUUCUCUCCCACCUCCCCAACUUCUCCCCCUCAGAGUACCUCGAUCUCGUAGACGAACGGAACUGCCUCAACACAUGCGGCUACGCCCUCUGCUCCAAACCCCGUCGCAACUUUCCCGGCAAGGUCAAAAUCCGGCGGUCAGGCGUGGCGAAAACGGAGGACCUGAACAAGUGGUGCAGCGAUGAGUGCGCGCUAAAGGGUAUGUACAUCCAUGUUCAGCUCGAGCAUCCUUCGUACGAGUGGGCAGGAGAAAAGGGGGAGAUGAAGGUCAAGAUUCGGCUGAGGGAGGACGAGGAACCGGGUGUAAAGGAGGUGGAAAAGGCCGUGGAGGGGCUCUCGCUCGAUGGGGCCGGUGACGAGAGGGAUAAGAAGGGAGAUGAAGCCCACGAAAAAAAGAAGCAAGCGGGCAAACUAGCCGUCGAGAGGAAUGGGAUGGGCGUCGAUAAAGUCGAGGUCACGAUUGGGGAGAAGGAGAUCACCCAGCCGCCCACAGCUCCCACCUUCACGAGCGCCCAGGGAGGCGAGAGCGAUGCCCAUCUCAUGGUGGAAGGAUACAAGAUUGGCAGCAAGGGCAAGAAACCAAACAACACUGGCGGUGAAGGCGAAGAUGAUGAUGACGAUGAUUUUAUUCCUUCUAUUCGUAUUGAGAGCCUCAACUAUGGGAGGCCUUGA